AUGGCAUCUCCUGGUGCCGAUACCUUCACCCAAUAUCCCCUUCACCUCGACCCAACCUCAAAAGCUAUCUCCGCUCCCUCAUGCAACUCAGCUGUGCUAGACAGCGAACUCGAAUCCCUAAACCGGCUCCACCGCGCUCUCCUCAACCUCGACAGUCCCAAUACCCCCCCACCGCCAAAGCCAGUGAAUCCCAAACGCAGCGCCCAAGUCGCUAAGCUGCGCGAGGCAGCCAACACAGCUUUCCGCAAGUCCUCCUUCGGCGAAGCUGUGAAGCUUUACACAUAUGCAAUCGACAUGGCCAUAGGCAGACCGACAUGGGAACACGUCGACCUCUUGCGCGAGGAGCUACCGCCGCUCUUUACGAAUCGGGCGCAGGCCUAUAUGGCACAGCAACAAUGGCCGGAAGCCUAUGUAGAUGCGAAAUCGAGCGUGGAAAUUAUGCCCUCUAAUAAUGGGAAAUCAUGGUGGAGAGGGGGUAGAUGCUUGAUUGAGAUGGGGAGGUGGCAGGAGGCAACGGAAUGGAUUUCAAAUGGGUUGGAUGCGGAGGGGAACUCCAGCGAAGCGGCGAAGGAGUUGAAGGGUCUCAUGGUAGACGUGGAAAGAGGCUGUAAUGAUUACCUGGCCAAUGCGCACCCUGCGAAUCACGUCUUCUUUCCUGCCUGGUCGUCCACUAACUCGACAUGA